CCUCCCACGGUACCUAUGGCCAUGUUGUGGUCAUCCUUGGCUUUCCGCAGCUCCUGCUGGAGUUGUUCCAUGAUUUCGGUGGGCGCCGGUCCCUGCGAGCCGCCACAGGCUUCCAUCGCCCGGGGCUGGGGCCGGGCCGGGGCCUCUCCCGGCGCCGCGGGGCUCGGAGCGGGGCCGCUGCCGGGCAACGGCGUGAGGCGGGCGGGCCUUCCGCUUCCGAGUCAGCGGGGCCGGGCCAUGGGGCGGAGGAGGAAGACGCUGCACGACUACGCGGCCGAGUUCUCGGAGCUGUCGGUGCGGCGGGAGCCGGCGGGGCCGAGCGCGCCGGGCCCGGCCGUUGCCGUGGAGACGCUGUUCUGCACCCCGUGCCAGCUGCCCCUCAGGGUGCGCCGCGACCGCAUCCUGGAGCACCUCAGCUCGGGCCGCCACUGCCGCAACAGCCGCCUGCUCCGGCAGCUCGGCCUGCGCGCCCCGGGGCUCCGCUCUGCAGGUCCUGACUCCAACCUGAGCCUGCCCCUGCCACUCGGCGUGCCCUCCUUGCUCUCCCAUCCCUCCUUCCUCAUCACCACUGGAUCCAGCACCAGCUACAGCAUGGUCCCAUCCCCGCCCUCCUACCACAAACUGCUGAUUCCCCACCGCCCCAUUCCCACCACACACAGGGACGACCCAACGCCCUCCACCUCUCGCAGCCACCCCUCACCGCUGGCCACCUUCCACACCAGGAUUGAACCUCUUGGCCAAAGUGGGCCCACACCUGAUGCCUCCAACAGCCCGAUGCCCCCCUCGUGUCAUGGUAGCAGUGGCCUCGUGCUCUUUGGUGCGGGGCUCGUGAGCAAAGCCUUGUUGCAAAGCUUGCUGGAGGAGACGGGCUGCUGCCUGCUGUACGUGGUGGAGGAUUGGCCAGAGGAGGUGGAACGUGCCUUCGGCACCGAGGUCCCGGCCAGCACCAGGGUGCUGCGGCAGCAGGACACCGCCGUCGCUCUCGGUGAUCCGCGAGUCUCUGGAGUCAUUAUUUGUUCCCCACCUUAUGAAGCCCCUGAGAUGAUAAGAGAUGCCUUACGAGCAGGUAAAGGUGUGUUCUGCGAGGGGCUGCCCAGCUUGGACAGACAGACAGCAGAAGCCUGUUUUGAUGAGGCCAGCAGGUGUGGGAGGCCACUUGUGUGUGGGUUCUACAAGCGCUUUGACCCAGCCCUGCAGUUCUUGUACAAGAAGGUGCGGGACAGCCAGGUGCUGGGCAGGAUCCACCGGAUAUCCACCAUCAGCAGCCUCUAUCCAGCAGCCUCUCUGAGCCUGCUGAAAGCCUCAGGUGGCAUUUUUUAUAACGCUGCUGUGCAUGACAUAGAUCUUAUCAGUUUGUUGUUGGGAGAGAGUGUGCCAGAUACAGUAUUUUCCCUGGGCCAUGCCUUCUGUGCAGACAUGGGCUGCCUGAGGGAUGUGGACACGGUUGCCAUUAGCAUGAAGUUCCCCAGUGGGGCCAUUGUCACUCUGGAUGUCAGCCAGCACUGCACCAGGAGCUGUGACCAGCGGAUGGAGGUUCAUGGGUCUCAAGGGACAUUAAGGGUGGACAACCAGAACCCCCUGGGCAUCACAGAGCAUGGGACUUCUGUGUCCAUCUGUCCCCAAACCCAAGCUGAGCGCUACAGAGAUGCAUACAGGGAGCUCUUCCGGCACUUUCUGAGAACCCUGAAAGGCCAGGAGCUCCCCAUGGUCACCAAGGAGCAGUUCCUCUGGACGAUCCAGGUCACUGCAGCAGCUGAGCAGUCCUGGAGGAACAGAUCUGCUGUGGAUUUGCACAGCAGUGCCACGGAUCUGGCUGGAGUCAAGGCUGAGCUCGUGUGACAGCCUUGGAUCAUGGGGAGGAUUUCUCACCCAGUGCCUCAACAGAAGCCUGGAUGGCAGUUUUGAUGUUCCCACUGGGAAUGUCCAGCAGACAGAGGCACUUCUGAACCAGGAGCACUUGGUGCUGGGGCAGUGCAGGGUUCCUACCACAUCAGCCAGAGCCUGCAAGAAAUUCUGUGUGGUUUCAUCCAGGUGGCUUUUCCUCCUAGAGAGUGCUGCUGGCUGUGGAGCUCUGCUUUCCUGGGAGAAGAGUGAUGUUCCUUGGGCUAGGCAAGGUGGUGUAGGACCACCAAUAGCUGGGAUGAGGGAGAAGUCUCCCUUUGGAGAGGGAACAGCCACUGCCUGCCUGGAGAAGUCACAAGCAGGCGCCUUCCCAGCAGUGUGACAAGUGAGGUGAUGUAAUGCUCAAAAAACCACAAGAGCAUCUGGUCUGUGAAUAUGGAUAUAUGGAAGAAAUUCUUCCCUUGGAGGGUGGUGAGGGGCCGGAGUGGAUUUCUCUGAGAAACUGUGGCUGCCCCAUUCCUGGAAGUGUUCAAGGCCACUUUGGACAGGGCUUGGAGCAAGCUGGGAUAGUGGAAGGUGUCCCUGCCCAUGGCAGGGGGUGAGAUGGGACGAGCUUUAAGGUUCCUUCCAAACAAACCAAUCGGGAUUCCACGGUCCUGUUUAGGACACAGGCCCCAGCAGAAGGCAGAGCCACAGGCCAGUCAGUGUUUCUGCCAGGAGCUUUGGACCUUUGUCAUGUGUGGAGCUCUCUGCAGGUGUGUGGCUCUGUUUCUGUAUGCCUGCCACAUGCCAGUUUUCAAGAUCUUUCAAAACCUUUUUUUUUUGUAUUUUUACUGAAUUACAACAACAUUCUUGAUGUCUUCCAUUUCAAGGCAUUAGUUUAUAAACUUCUUGCAAGGACCUUUAGUUCAAUCAAUUUCCAGUUGCUACCUAUGGAAUAUAUACUCCUAAAACUAGAAAUAAUGGUGAAUUUGUGUUCUCUUUGGGAAACUGUUUUUAACAGCGUAAUUUUUCAAGCUCAGAAAAACUGUGUCUUAAUGCAUUCUCCAUUUAAUUCACUAUUUUUUAGCCAUUUCUUGAAAAAAAAAAAAAAGUUUUAUGUAUCUGGAAGCUGCUUUUUGCCUCUCUGUACUCACUGUAGAAGUUUAGUACUCAAUGGUGGGUUUCUUUUUCAUUUCAGUAGCUUCAGGUCCUUUGAGGCCCUACAGGUGAAGGUUUACUCUGGGUGAGGAAGGCACUUUCUGUCCAGUUUUAAUUUACAGAUGCAGCAAUUGCCACAUGUGCUUUUAUUGUGUUAAAAACAAACAAACAAACAAAAAAACCCCAAAACAAAACAGAAGAGAAACCACAGCUAUAAAAAUAACACAAUUUCCAAAGAUAACAUUACAAAAAAUACAAUUUCUACCACAGAGUGAUCCAUUAAUACUGCUGGGAACAGCCCCAGGAAUGCUGGAAAUGUGAGUGGUUGUUGCAAAAGCUUUAAAGCAUUAAAGUGCUUUACUGAGCCAUUUCUUGGGGACACAGAUUCACUGUCAGCCAUGCCAGGGGACUUCCCAGUCCCUGUGGUGUGAGGGGUGGGAUGGCCUCAGGGAUUGUGACUGCACCUGCAGCUCACCAGCACCCGAGGGAGAGGAGGGACAGGAGGUCACCUCUGUGUGCUGAAGGCUUGGAGCUGCUGUGGGACACCCAGAGAGGGCCUUGGAGGAGGGUCCCAGGCCCAGGGCUGUGAGUGCAGCACAUCCAGCGGUCACACUUCUGUCACCCUUGGAGAGGGAACAGCCACUGCCUGCCUGGAAGAGAAGUCACAUCUCGGGUGAGCCCUAGUGGGACUUGAGCUCUUCUGCUCUUGCUUAGAGGGUCCAGGGCUUUGGGAAGGGCACCCAGCCCCCUCCCCAGCCUGGGGGUGAUGGGAAGCGGGUGCAGGGCUGUCUUUGGAGGCCUCCAGAGGGAGAGUGCAGCAGUGGGAAUGUGCUGGAUGGCAUCAUCUGUGCAGGUUUCCUCAGGUUGCCUAAAAUCUCAAGUGACUCAAGGCUGAGGGGGGAGAUGCAGCAGCUCCCUGCCCUCCCUCCCACAGCAACAGCUCCUGUGACUUCCAGUGCCUUUCCAAGACCUGGUGUGGGACACUGCCUUCCCAAAUGUGUAGGGAAUAAACAUUCAGGGAGGGAGCACAUCUAUGAGUGUCCUUGCUUUCUGUGAAGGCUUUUUUCCCUGUCUGAAUCAACAGAGAAAUUACAGCUGGGAGAAAUGACCAGGAACAGAAGAGAAUUGGGCAGCCAGUCCAUGCUGUCCUCCUGAAAGAUGGAAUUUACACCAUGGCAUUCCAGCUUGUCAGGUCUGACCUGUCAACAAAACUCCCCAAGGGAGCAAGGAGGGAUUAUUCAGACCUCUGACUUCUCAGGACAAUCACUGGCUUUCUCCCUCCACAACUGCAUGCAAGAGAUUCAGAGGAGGAAAAAAAAAUGAGUUUUGAAUAGAUAAGACUGGAGACAGGCUUCUCUGCAUGUUUACAUGCUACAACAUGAAAUUAAUUUAGUUGACACUGCAGUAUCUCAGGAGUCAGUAUCAAUUUUUAUAGCUUACAUGAAAAUAAAUCUUUUUCCUUACAGCACAA